AUGGCCACACGCCUGGGGCCGGCGGAUAUCGACAUGGCCGCGGUAUGGAAGUCCGUCGAAGCCCCGCGAAGCACAAUCACAGUAGACAAAUCCAAGUUCUACCACCCUUCGGGACCCUUGGCCGAUGACGUCUUCUGGAUGCCGCUGGCCUCUGGCGAUGUUGGCCAUUGUUCCCGGGACGGAUUCCGCAUCGACAACGAAUCUUGCUCUUCCCGGGUGUUAUACCGCGUCAAGGAGAGGAAGCACCUGACCAAGGGCUUGCUCAUGCACUACGGGAGCCUCACAAUCGACUACCACCCAUCUGAAUCAGUUAGUCGAUGCUUUGUAGGGUUCGGGGCAAACGCUGAACAUCGCCUCAUCAUGAUGUUGAAGACGGACUGCCAGCAAGCUGCGGUAAAGGUCACCGCUUGCAUGGCUAGUUUGUUGCAUAGCAAGCUCCAGCGGGAGGGUAGCUUGAUGUGGUUGAAGCCGGGCGUGGUCGCCGAUAAGUUGGAGAAAGCGGCAGACUCAUUGAUCGACGUUGCCACGUUGGUUGACCGCUUUACCCAGACGAUGAGAAAGCUCUAUCAAGGCAAGGAUCGAGAGGGUGGUAUGCCUGCUGCAUUCAAAAAGGCUCUGUUGCUGCUCGGCCUGACCAAGUGGCAUCGCAUCCACCGCGCCAUCAAUGCCAUCCAGUGCCUCAAGAAAGCUUUUCAGAUUGCGGCGGACACGGAUGGACAUGCGAGGAGCAGCAGCAGCAGCAGCAGCAAGGCUCAGUGGUGCAUUGCGGCCAACGUGUAUGGCAUGUUGGGUUGGAGGCGAGCACCAGCCAGCCUCGCUCAGCAACAAAACGUGUUAUCCGACGUAUCGACGUCGCUCGAGAUCCUUGGCAAGAUGGACUGGGCCAACUUCCAGACGAGGAAGGAUGUGGAGGAGAAAAUGGAACGAGCUGGCGUGACUGUCAGCAUCACCAAAGAAGCCAACUUUACUUCUGCAACGUUCCGAACUCUGAUGCGAUUUCUGCAACACCGAUCGAUGAUAUUACUGGAGGGCGAUGACGAAUUUGGUGACGCAGAAGUUGGAGGGCCACAGCAAGAGCUACGAAGCUGGACAGGGGAAAUUCUGCCUGCCCACUUCCGGAUGUUAAAGAGCAUGCCGUGGGUAAGGCAUUGCUGGGCUCCAGAUGGCACCUUCUUGACGGUAUUGUCACUACCUACAGUGGAGGUGUAA